GACAGACAGGAAGUAGAGACGAAAACAAGCUCCUCCAUUUUCCUCUUUCACCGGAGUCAAGCAUUUCGUUCGACCGAAAGAGAAUCCUGCGGGAGAUGCAGCGCGAGAGUCCAGAUGUCCAGCAUCUGCUGGUGAUUAAAGGGGAAGAAGAUCAAGAGGAGUGCAGAAUUAGCCUGGAUCUGGUGGGGCAAGAACCUCCAUGCAUUAAAGUAGAAAAAGAAGACAAAAUCAUCAUGAAAGAAGAGGCCACCCAGUUCUCCUUCACUCCUGUGAAGAUGAUGGAGCAACCAGGAGCUGGACUCAACACAUGAAGACAGAAGCUGAUGGAGACACCUGUGGAGGAGCAGAAGCAGCCAGUGACUUGGAUACAAACGUCUGCCCUCACCACAAGAGGUCACUGUGCUCUGAAUCAGACACUGAUGACAGCGAGGACUGGGCAGAAACCAGUAACACUCAGUCAAGUUCAAAGUCUGCUAGAAAUCCAAAGGUUUAUGUCCCUGUGAAGAUGGAUGAUGUGGAUCACACAUUUCCCAUUUGCCCUGGAUGCGGGAAGAAAUGUUUUUCUAAGUCUGGACUGACCGUGCCCAAGAGAUUUUGCUCUGGACCUUUGACUUGUUCUGUUUGUGGGAAAUGUUAUGAAACAAAACCAAAACUGAACAACCACAUGAAAAUUCACUCUGGAAAAAAGCCUUUUGUCUGCUCUCAGUGCGGAAAGUGUUUUGCCCACCGAAGUAGCCUGAAGGAUCACAUAAGCAUCCAUACCGGAGAGAAGCCUUACAGCUGCCCCUUGUGUGGUAAAUGUUUUAGAAAGUCAGGCCACCUUGCGUUACACAAAAGAAGUCACACUGUUUCAGAAUGGUAAAGCCGAAAACGAAGCCAUGCGCCACGUGCCAGACGCCCAACUCCCUCUACCGGAGGACCUGCGUGCAGUGCAUGUCCUCCUUGCCAAAGAAGGGGAUGGCAGAAAAGAAAAAAAAAAUGAAGGAUGCGAACUGGGCUGCUUCAGUCAAGGCGAACCGAAACAGCAGCCGGAACGUGAGGAUCGCCGAGUUCUCAGUGUUCAAGCUGGACAGCCUGGGCUAUCGGCCCAUAUUGUUUAUCGCCCAUCGGGGAAGGAAGGGGCAGAUCGUGGGAGAUAUGGUGCACCACAUCCCGACGGAGGACGAGGAGGUGAAGGAGAUCAUCCUGAAGAUGAGGAGACUUUACGAAGACCUGCUGAGAAAGUUGCCGGUUCUGCAGCCUCCUGGGGCAGGUGCCCCUGAGCCAGGCACUGAGCCUGUGCUGCCAGUGGAGAGCGCUCAGUCCACCAUGGACCUGCCCCCACCACACAUGGACGAAUUCAUUUGCGAUUUCUUCCCUGUGUCUUUACCUCAUCCGUCUCCUCUAACACUGUCCUCCACUGAACCUCCGUCCUCCUCUCAGCGGCUUCCGUCUUCGACUGGCUCUGUGCCUCAAGCGUCAUCCAGGAAAAGGAAAAGAGAACCUACACAAGAUGUUCAGAUCAAAGAAGAACAGGAAGAAGAAGAGUGCAGAAUUAGCCUCGGUCUAGAGGGGCAGGAACCACCUCUCAUUAAGAGGGAGGAAGAAGACAACGUCCAGGUGGAAAAAGAAGAAGCCACCCAGUUCAGCCUCACCUCUGCAGAUGUGAAGAGUGAAGAUGAUGAGGCCACCAGCAGCUUGACUCAGCACAUGACAACAGAAACUCAUGGAGACAACUGUGCAGAAGCAGAAGCAGCCGACGCCUUGGAUUCAAAUGUACAGACUCACCACAAGAGAGGGGGAAAGGCAAAAACAAAGCUGUGCGCCACCUGCCAGUUGCCCAACACGCUCUACCGGAGGACGUGUGUGCAGUGCAUGUCCUCGCUGCCAGUCACAGGGAUGGCAGAAAAGACAAAACAGAUGAAGGAGACCAACUGGGCCGCUUCAGUCAAGGCGAACCGAAACAGCAGCCGCACUGUGAAGACGGCCGAGCUGUCGGUGUUCAAGCUGGACAGCCUGGGCUAUCGGCCCAUAUUGUUUAUCGCCCAUCGGGGAAGGAAGGGGCAGAUCGUGGGAGAUAUGGUGCACCACAUCCCAACGGAGGACGAGGAGGUGAAGGAGAUCGUCCUGAAGAUGAGGAGACUUUACGAAGACCUGCUGAGAAAGUUGCCGGUUCUGCAGCCUCUUGGGGCAUGUGCCUCUGAGCCAGGCGCCGACCCUCAGGCCACAGUGGACCUGCCCCCAACGCAAGAGGAAGGAUUCAUCCACAACCAUGUCCCACUGUCUUUCCAUCAUCCUUCUCCUCCAAACGUGUCGUCCUUCUCCUUCAGCUUCCUCUGAACCUUUGUCCUCCUCUCACUCUUUUGCCAUCACUCCUUUCACUCUUUCCCCAUCUCACUUUUCUUCUGUCCUCUCACUCUUCCUCAUCCUCCUCUCACUCUUCCUUUAUCUUCCUCUCACUUUUCCUCUGUCCUCUUACUCUUUCUCCAGCCUCCUCUCACUCUUCCUCCAUCCUCCUCUCACUCUUCCUCCAUCCUCCUCUCACUCUUCCUUCAUCUUCCUCUCACUUUUCUUCUGUCCUCUCACUCCUCCUCAUCCUCCUCACUAUUCCUCUAUCCUCCUCUCACUCUUUCCCCAUCCUCCUCUCACUCUUCCUAUAUCUUCCUCUCGCUUUUCCUGUCUUCUCACUCUUCCUUUAUCUUCCUCUCACUUUUCCUCUGUCCUUUUAGUCUUUCUCCAGCCUCCUCUAACUCUUCCUCUGUCGCCUCUCACUCUUCUUCCAUCCUCCACUCAGCUUCUUCCUCCAUCCUCCUCUCAGCUUUUUCCUCCAUCCUUCUCUCACUUUUCCUCCAUCUUCCUCUCACUCUUGUUCCAUCCUCUUCUCAGCUUCUUCCUCCAUUGUCCUCUGAGCUUUUUUCCCCAUUUUCCUCUCACUUUUCCUCCAUCCUCCUCUCAGCUUCUUCUUCCAUCCUCCUCUCACUCUUCCUCCAUCCUCCUCUCAGCUUCUUCUUCCAUCCUCUUCUCAGCUUCUUCCUCCAUUGUCCUCUGAGCUUUUUUCCCCAUUUUCCUCUCACUUUUCCUCCAUCCUCCUCUCAGCUUCUUCUUCCAUCCUCCUCUCACUCUUCCUCCAUCCUCCUCUCAGCUUCUUCUUCCAUCCUCUUCUCAGCUUCUUCCUCCAUUGUCCUCUGAGCUUUUUUCCCCAUUUUCCUCUCACUUUUCCUCCAUCCUCCUCUCAGCUUCUUCUUCCAUCCUCCUCUCACUCUUCCUCCAUCCUCCUCUCAGCUUCUUCUUCCAUCCUCCUCUCACUCUUCCUCCAUCCUCCUCUCACUCUUCCUCCAUCCUCCUCUGAGCUUCUUCCUCCAUCCUCCUCUCACUCUUCCUCCAUCCUCCUCUCAGCUUCUUCCUCCAUCCUCCUCAUAGCUUUUUCCCCUCAUUCUCCUCUCACUUUUCCUCCAUCCGCCUGUUCCUUCCACUCGCUCUCUGCCUGCAGCACCAUCUUCAUGCAGGGGAGAAAGAAAAGAAUGCAGUGAACAGAAUAGCCUGAGAGUAUUCCAGAAGGUUAGUGAAUAGGAAGCAGAGAUCUGGUGGCCGGGUGCCCUGGGUGGAACAAAGGAGUGGGAGGACAUAUGGGAGCCAGCUGACCACUUCCAUCCUCAAUGAGUUGUAUUUAUAUCUUUUAUUGUUUGGAUGGUUCAUUGUUUGAGUGUGUCGUUCCUUACAUUGCAAUGUUCUUUGGAUAAAUGAUGUUGACUCUUCAGCAGCUGUUGAGUUGAGUGUUAUUUCACUGAAAGACUUUGAGCACCACCUUCUGAGCCCAUCGCCACGGCGCCCAUCUUUUCAGUGCCAGCUCCAGGACAACAGACCCAGCAGAUGAUAAAGAAGGGCGGACGAAAGCGUGAGUGUGGAAAUGCUCGGUUUGUUAGGUUUGGUAGCUGCGCCGUUGCACAAGGGUUCUUUGUUCGAUGAAGGUGAUGAGACAGAGGAGGACGACGGUCAGUUGGACGCACAGGUUGUUCCCGCCGCAUGUGAAGGAGACGCCCUCCAGCCAUUUACUGAGAUCCAAUUUAGCGGAUUGGAGUCCGGUGCAGGUGCGUGAAGGGACGCAACCAACAAAUUUAGCUUUUCUGUCAUGACUGUUAUCUGUGGAGGACACAUCUUCAAGGUCAUUUAGAAGAUCCCACAGUAACAUUUGAGAACUCACAGGUGACGUUCAUGCAGCGAUCCUGGUUUCCCUCACAGUCCAGGACUGAGUAGCAGCGCUUGCCAUUCUCCACUGGAAGCAGCUCAGGGUCUGAAAAACGUCUGGAGAAUUGAAAAGUAAACAAUGAGAUCAUGAGAAAUAAUCCAAUAAUCCAAACAAGCAGGAGAACAGGAGAUGGAAAGUCAAAAGUGGCGUUGGUGAUAUGAAUUUUUUUUUUUAAUGAACUGAAACUUUGACCUGAAAUUACGGUCUUGUAGGAGUGAAUGUAG